AUGUCAAAACGGGCCGAAGCCCAAAAGCAGCAAGCAAUGGAAAAGGCGGAACAAGGGGGAAUCGAACGCGACGCACGGCUUGGAUAUGUGCCGGAUACGUUGUGGGAAACAAUUCGCCAACGCGACGACGCAAAGGCGGCAUCUUGCCCCGCUGGCCAGAUGAAGGAGGUGAUGCUUCUGUCCAUGGAGGAGCUCAAGCAGGAGGGGGAGAGCGACCUGCAACAUGGAAAGGCGUCAUCGGCAGCGAGGGCCAAGGCGACAGCCGCACCCGGUGCGAGAAGCAAGAGCGAGAAGGAAAAGGAGCCCCCCGCCACAGCGUCAAAAAGCCGGUUGGAGGUUUUCGCUUCAGAGGAGGACGAGAGCGAAGACGAGGGCGAGGAUGAGGACGACCAGGGCAAGGGAGAAAAAGGGGACAUGGUCACCACUCGCCACUGCAAUCCCGAGAUCGGGCCGAAAUCGGCCCGAACCCAUAUCAAUGAUCCGGUCCUGCGUAAGUCCACACCCUUCCGUAGUCCUUGA